AUGGAUUCUGAUCGUGAGAUAUCCAGUGAUCAUGAAGAAAGUGGCAAUGAGCCAACGAAAAACAUUAGCAGACACAUGAGUGAAAGUUCUAUGGCUGCCACCGAAGAAGAUGACGACGACGUUGAGAGGAAGAUUGAUUUGGGUCCUCAAUUCACUUUGAAAGAACAACUUGAAAAGGAUAAGGAUGAUGAGAGCUUGAGGAAAUGGAAGGAACAACUUCUUGGAAGUAUUGACAUGAGUUCCGUUGGAGAAACUUUGGAGCCAGAAGUGAAGUUUCUGAGUCUGGCGAUAAAAUCGGAAGGGAGAGAAGAUAUGAUUCUACCUGUACCCGAGACAGGAAAUCCAAAUGGCUUAUGGUUUACAUUGAAAGAAGGUUGUCGUUAUAGGUUGAUGUUCACAUUCCAAGUAAACCAUAAUAUUGUUUCUGGUCUUAAAUACACCAACACUGUUUGGAAAACUGGUCUCAAGGUUGACAGCACUAAAGAGAUGAUAGGAACAUUCAGCCCUCAAGCAGAACCUUACACGCAUGAAAUGCCAGAAGAAACAACACCAUCUGGGUUAUUUGCCAGAGGGACAUACUCUGCUAGAACUAAGUUUGUUGAUGAUGACAAAAAGUCUUACUUGGAUAUCAACUACACUUUUGAUAUUAGGAAGGAUUGGCUUUAG